UUAAAGGUUAUUCAUAAUUCUAAACAAACUAACAAACGAAAUGUUCUUUAAGAAAGGAAAUUCAUCAUACAGAAAAUAAAAUAUUGAGGUGUUUUUGGGAGAAGAAAAUAAUGCUUCCAGUACUGUAAAUUUUAUAAUUCAAAUGUUUUUUAAAUGUAUAAUUUGCCAAUAAAUAUCUUCAGAAUGAAAUAUUACUUAUGACAAUAGUUUUAAGUAAAAUUUUAAAAUGGUUACGAUACACUGGUCACUUCGAAGAAUACCACAGUCCAUAUAUUACCUCAUAAAAUCUGUUCUUAAAAAAUGUCGAAUAACUUUUCGUUCUCUCACGUACCAUCAUUUUAUGGAUCAAAGUUAUGCUGCAGAUGUGUGUAUGGAACCAAUGUUUUGGUUUGUAGACAAUUUUACAUAUGCAAUCGGACCUUUAUUUGUUAUUGCUGUAGUUGCACUAACAGCAUCUGUAGUACUAAUUGCUUAUUGGAUUGGUCUACCUUAUUGGUGGAAUAAAAAUUGUUAUAUAUGUGUGGUUCUAGUCAUAAUCGGACAUUGGUUGCUAUUGAAUAUUUGCUUUCAUUACUAUAUGGCUGUUGUCACUCCUCCUGGAUUUCCUCCCCAGGGUGAGUUAAUAACAGAAGCAGUUAGUAUAUGCAAAAAAUGUAUUUCACCAAAACCACCCAGAACACAUCAUUGCUCUGUAUGCAACCGUUGCAUACUCAAAAUGGAUCAUCACUGCCCUUGGUUAAACAAUUGCGUAGGUUACAGAAAUCAUCGAUAUUUUUUUCUCUAUAUGGUCUAUAUGGUACUUGGAGUAUUUUUUGUUAUAAUAUGUGGUUUUGAUAUAGCAUAUACUGCUAUAAUGUUGGCUCCAUCUGAACUAGAUGAACCUGAGUUAGAAGGUCAUUCUGUAAAGAUAAAUAAGACUGGCGCAUUAAUACCAGUAACAGAUGUGCAAUACUUAGAUAGUUCGUUAUUAGAUGAUGAUCAGGGUUUUGAAUAUAUAAGUCCAUGGAGGCGGAGAGCUGUUGUAUAUAUGACUCUUAUCAAUACUGGAGUUUUUGUAGCAUUAGGCGUAUUGUCUCUUUGGCAUAGUCAGUUGAUAGGAAAAGGAGAAACAAGCAUCGAAGCUAACAUAAAUAAAGCAGAAACUUGUCGUUUAGCAGAAGUUGGUAGAGUAUAUAUGAAUCCAUAUAAUUUUGGCACAAAAAAGAAUUGGAGAAUAUUUUUAGGUUUAGUACAGGGAAGAACAUUUUUGAAAAAUAUACUUUUUCCUUCCGCUCACGAACCUAUUGGUGAUGGACUUACAUGGCAUACGAUUCAUGAUGAAAAUAUUGAUGAAUGGCCAUAAUUUCUAGUCAUUUUUUAACUUAAAUUACUUAAGCUUGUAAGUGGUAAGGGAGAUCUAUAUUUUUUUUAUUUAAUUUCUUACUUUGAGUGAUGAUAAAGUAACAUACAAUUUGGCUGAAAAAUUUCUGGGCUGGUUGUCAUAUUGCUGGUUUAGGCUUCUUGAUGUUUUGAGAGAUGUAUGGCUUGUAGUCAUUGGCCUGUGUUGAUCUCAAUUGAGGUGAAGCGGUGGAGCUACCUGGAAUUUAGAAACAGCUCAUCUGCAAAAUUCUAGGACCAAAUUCAACACAGACCAAUGACUACAAGCCAUGGAAAUUGCUCAGCCAUUGACAAUUGCCAUAGAAGCCUGCAAACUAAGUUAACGUACAAUUUACAUUUAAUUUAUUAAAAUAAUUUUACUUUUUGUUAUUGAUUCUCUUAUUUACAUGUAUGUAUUAAUUAUUCAGAAGUUACACUGGCACAAUAUAUUCUCAAAGAUUGAACGAGAUCAUGAAGGUUACCUAUCAUUUCAUAAACAAAAAAGUGCUAUUGGCUGUUCACGUUUAACAUCUACAACUAUCUUAUAAAAGUGCUCUUUUUUCACACCAUCCAGUAAAGAAAUAAUACAUUUCUUAUUUUUUUAUAAAGACUGAAUAUUAAAAACUAUAUGUUUUUGACAUAUCUCCCAUAUUAGUCGGUUGUUUUUCUGCAUACCAUUUUCCUACCUACUUCUUUUAAGCAAUAACUGCAAAAUUGAUUGUAUGUCUUUAUCUUAUAGCUAUUAAAUCAUUCAAGUAGGUCUCCCUACUUCAUUCCAAAUGUUUGAAUGAUAUUAAUACACCAAAAAAUUUAUAAAAGGCUAAUAAAAUAUUCAGGCAAACAUUCUAAAGAGUUGUCGUUUACACUGUAAAUGUCUUACGGAUUUUCAGAAUUUUUAUAUUGAAUAUACGAGUACUUUAAGUGUAACAUUGUAAAUCAGUAAUACAAAAGGCAUAAUUAUUAUAAAAAUAUUGUGAUUAUGCAUAUAUGAUUAUAAAUUAUUUCAGUAUAAAAUUUUUGUUUAUAGUUUAUUUUCUCAUUCCGUAAAAAUAUCAAUAAUAAUUUUUCACAAUUUAUAUUAAGCUGUG